UGGGGGUAAAAUAAUGCCACAGGGGGAAAUGCCGAGUUCUGACCUUUCAAAAAUAAAAUUACUCUGCUUGCAUACUAGUUAGGCAGGCAAAUUAGAUAUCCAUGCCCCCUGAUUUUAAUAGAUAGCAUCAGUAUACAUGCAUUUAAAAAGAAUGUGAUGCUUCGUCCUCUAACUAAACCAUAAGUGAUAGUAAUUCAUUUGGUGUGUAAAGUUUGACAUUCUGGUGGAAAUCCGAUCUCACGUUGGAGUGGUCCUGGGCUUUGUUUGUUAUCCACUGUUUUCUGUCUUUUUCUGUUAUCCUUUUCCCAGUGGACUGUGUGCCUCGCUGUCUCGCCUGUAAGGUUGUUCUUCUCUAAUAAGCCUAGCUGCAGGAGCAGUGUGUUCUUUUUGGCAUUUCAAAAUGUUAAAACAGUGAAAUUGUUAAAUGUUACCAAGAUGAAACUCCUGGGAAUGAAAUUCUCCAGAAGAACCACUAUGUUUGUGGCAUGUUACAGUCUUUUCCAAAAGAAAACUCCUUGAAUCGGUUUACCUAUUUUCUCAAGGAGGAAGCAGCCCCAUUGAUUGUGUUGAUAAGUCUUUAGUAUGCAGUGUCAGCUUAUUAAUUACUAAGGCAAAGCCUGAAAAACUCUUUCAAAGCAAUCGUAUGACAUUCUUCUUUGCUUUGACUCAGAAUUAACAUUAACCACCCGGAAAUUUAGACAGGCUCCUUGGUUGUCUUGCAUAUUAGUAUUUGGAGUUAGAAUGGAAUACUUUGCUUUAGAAGAAUAAACUGUUAUGAAAUGGAAUUUAUAAUCGCAGUUUAUAGUUCACCACGCUUACCAAAUGUUUCUUCCCAGCAAACAGUUGGCCUAAUAAGGAAAGGGAUUAUUUCCCAUAAUUAGCUCUCCAGGAAUGCUGCAAAAAGAGUAAUAAAUUGAAUUUGGAAGUACCUAACGACACUUGAUGAGUAAAACAAGAUUUGGUUAUAGCGUCUUGAAUUUGGUUAGUAAGAUGGAGCCUGUCCUCUAGGUUGCUGCCUGUUAUUCUUGGGGUAAUUAUGUUAGCUCAGUUGCAUGAAGAACACAGAUGAGAGCUUUCAUUCCUGCAAAAAAGGAUGCCGUGUCUCCACCAGUGAUUCCCUGUUGCGGGUCUCUUCCUCAGUCGUUUGGAGUUUGGCCUAAUCGAAGACGGAGGUUAUGAAGUCGAUCCUAGAUGGCCUUGCAGACACCACCUUCCGCACCAUCACCACAGACCUGCUCUAUGUGGGCUCAAAUGACAUUCAGUACGAAGAUAUCAAAGGCGACAUGGCGUCCAAAUUAGGGUACUUCCCACAGAAGUUUCCUUUAACUUCCUUUAGAGGAAGUCCCUUCCAAGAGAAGAUGACUGCGGGAGACAGCCCCCAGUUGGUGCCAGCAGACCAGGUGAACAUCACCGAAUUUUACAACAAGUCCCUUUCGUCCUACAAGGAGAAUGAGGAGAACAUUCAGUGUGGGGAGAACUUCAUGGACAUGGAGUGCUUCAUGAUUCUGAACCCCAGCCAGCAGCUGGCCAUCGCCGUGCUGUCUCUCACACUGGGCACCUUCACAGUCCUGGAGAACCUGUUGGUGCUCUGCGUCAUCCUCCACUCCCGCAGCCUCCGCUGCAGGCCUUCCUACCACUUCAUCGGCAGCCUGGCGGUGGCCGACCUCCUGGGGAGUGUCAUUUUUGUCUACAGCUUCGUGGAUUUCCACGUGUUCCACCGCAAAGAUAGCCCCAAUGUGUUUCUGUUCAAACUGGGCGGGGUCACAGCCUCCUUUACUGCCUCAGUAGGCAGCCUGUUCCUCACAGCCAUCGACAGGUACAUAUCUAUUCACAGGCCCCUGGCCUAUAAGAGGAUCGUCACCAGGCCUAAGGCCGUCGUGGCAUUUUGCCUGAUGUGGACCAUCGCAAUUGUGAUUGCUGUGCUGCCUCUCCUGGGCUGGAACUGCAAGAAACUGCAAUCCGUUUGCUCAGACAUUUUCCCACUCAUUGAUGAAACCUACCUGAUGUUCUGGAUUGGGGUCACCAGCGUGCUGCUGCUGUUUAUCGUGUAUGCGUACAUGUACAUUCUCUGGAAGGCUCACAGCCACGCAGUCCGCAUGAUUCAGCGUGGCACCCAGAAGAGCAUCAUCAUCCACACAUCAGAGGAUGGCAAGGUCCAGGUGACGCGGCCCGACCAAGCCCGCAUGGACAUUAGGCUGGCCAAGACCCUGGUCCUGAUCCUUGUGGUUUUAAUUAUCUGCUGGGGCCCUCUGCUUGCGAUCAUGGUGUAUGAUGUCUUUGGGAAGAUGAACAAGCUCAUUAAGACGGUGUUUGCAUUCUGCAGCAUGCUCUGCCUGCUGAAUUCCACCGUGAACCCCAUCAUCUAUGCCCUGAGGAGCAAGGACCUGAGACAUGCUUUCCGGAGUAUGUUCCCCUCAUGUGAAGGCACUGCGCAGCCGCUCGAUAACAGCAUGGGGGACUCUGACUGCCUCCACAAACACGCCAACAACACAGCCAGCAUGCACAGGGCUGCGGAGAGCUGCAUCAAGAGCACGGUCAAGAUUGCCAAGGUGACCAUGUCUGUGUCCACAGACACGUCUGCUGAGGCUCUGUGAGCCUGACGCCUCCCUGGCAGCACAAGAAAAGAAAUUCACUUUUUUUUUUUUAAGCUCAAAAUCUAGAAGAGUCUGUCGUCUCAUCGGUUAUAUUUUUUUAAGUUUACCAUGCUUGGUGAAAAGGUGAUUGUCACCAUGAUCAGUUGUCAGUUCUUUAACGUUUCAAUAGUGUAGGUACUCAAUCUCGGUUCUCCAGGGGUUUACUGUGAAGAAAGCCUAUUGCUUAAGUGACUGGAACGUUCUUCAAAGUCUCAAUGAAAUAGGAGAGAAACCUUUGGCUAUACAAUUUGAAGUCUAAGUACCCAUAGAAAAAUGCCAUCAAAUGCGUAUUGCCUUUGUAACCACAACUUUCAUUAUAAUGUGAAAUGUGUUUGUCCGUAAGUAUCAGAGAUGUCCAUUUUUACAACAGUUAUAGUACGAAAGUAGAACUAUUUUGUAAAAUGUGUUGUGUCCUGUAAGAUGUGUAUCAGUGUUUACUAUGUGUUAUUUAUAUUUGUCUAGUUCAGCAAAACUGAAGGGUAGACUUUUAUGAGAAUAAUGGAACACAAGCAGUGGAUAUAUGCCAAUGAGACCACUUUUUAAAAAAUUAUUGCCCAUGAUAUAACUUUAGAAACCUUAAUAUUUUUUCAACUAUCUCUAUUUAAAUUUGACACUGAAAUAAUCAUAAAGGUUUAUUUUUCUGUUAAUACAACAAGAAGAAUUUGAAGACUCUCCAAAGUAUUGAGAAUUCAUUAACACAAAAAUUUGUUAGCGCUGCAUUUUCAUACAAGGACAUUUAUUAUCUUCUGGAUGAUAGCUGUUCUGUUGAGUGAUGGAUUACAAUCCGAUCUGAAGAGAGAAGGCAUAUUGACUUUUUUGGCUGAUAUCUCUGACUUUCUUUAGUAUUUAGCUAUUACUGGAUCUCUUAAGACAGCAUGUGUCAAUCUUAAUGUAUAUUAUUAUCACUGUGCAAUUGCUGUUUACUUGAAGAGUAUUGCAUUCUUGUAUUCCAGGUUCAAGUAGAUUUCAUGCCUGGGUGGCCAAGCAACAGUCUUCAUUUUUUCUUAAUUGAGAAGUGUUGUCUGGAUCAGUAAAAUUAUACUGUGUGUGAGUGUGAAUAUAAAUGUGUGUAUGUGUGUGUUUCUAUCCUGUAACUGUUACAGUAAUGUCAUAAAGUGAGAAAACUGUGACCAAGUAUGAACUGUACCACUCGCUGCACUCGAGCAAUUGAAUUCAGUUUCUAAAAUUGACUUCUUCCAGAAAUCCUGUUGAUAAAAAUAUUGACCGUAAACAUUCAGAACCUUCCCUCUUAAGAGAUUGGGUCAUGUAUUCCUAAACCGACUUUGAGGCAUUCCCUGAGACCAGUGUUUAGCAAGGAAUAAUCAAUGACAAACAUUCAAGUGAAAGUCUGUAUUUACAGUGUUAAUGUCGGGAAAUGAGAGCGUUUGUUUUCUGAGCACCAGUAUGGAUCAAGUCCGCGGCGAUUUGAGUCAUUAUAGGGGAAGUGGUUCUAAAAGACCCCCAAUGGUAACAUCUUUUGAUCACGUGUGUAGGCAGUGUGAUCCCAGUUUAAGCAGCAGUGUACACCACUUGCUGAAGUAGGACCAACAGGUCUGGCCUUGUGGCUAAGGAGGGCCACCCGGCCGCGGGCGAGACAGAAAAGGGCAGUGAGGAGCCAGCACACUCGUGAGUGAGGCCUGGAUGACACAGGGCUGCUUCUGUGUUUUGCCCACAUGUCACCGGUGACAGUCCAGCACCUGCUUUGUCUGGGGAGGUUCAGGUCAGGAAUAGACCUCUCCUCUCCUGGUUUGCAAGAUGUGCUAACGUGCAAAGAUGAGCCCGGCUUGCUUUCUUCCUACACCCCAGUCUCAUACUCCUCAGUGGUGCCACAGGGGCUCAGAAUUAGGGACUUUCCCAGGAAACUCAACGCUGACAAAUUUUACUUACAAACAACCUACUCCUUAUCCAGAUAAAGCAUGGCACCUGCGGGACCUGCGGGCCUAGGACCGUGAAGUGAAGUGGAGCGCGGGCGUUUCUCUGGUGAUUUCUAGCUAUCUACAUACCUGAGAAGCCUAAUGGGCAGAGUCUUUUCUUGCAGCAUAUGGUCUAAGGCUGAGUGUGGCCUGUGGACCAAGCUGGAAUACUUUUAAUUGUCUGUCUCUACAGCUGGAAUCUGCCUGCUGGUUCCCUUACUGUACCUCUCUGUGAUAUGCAGAUGGGGACUCAGGGUGCUAGGGGAUUCAUAAGAUCUCUUUAGAAAGAGAAAAGAUUAUGGGAAAACUCAACAGCGUCUAGCUUCCAUUUAAGAAUUGUCCCUCUUUUGUCCUGCAUCAUUCUGAGUACUAGUCCACAUGUCUCAAAACUCGUCUGGCAGUACCAGCUCUCUUCUUACAGCUGUGAAAAGCUGGUGAGGAUGAAAUUCCUGUUAUUGGUAGAAAAAUUCCAGGGUUCGUUUUUGAAACUGUAUUUGUGUGUAUGCAAUGUAGAUUUUAUAGUGUAUUGUGCUUUCAAGAUCUAAAUCAAAUAUAAUAAAUUAAGGGACAAUGGGGCUGACAGCACUAACUUGGUGCUUAUUGAUAUUUUAAGAAAUAUCUGUGAAGUAUCAUCAUUGAUGUAUUAUACCACUUCAUUUUAAAACACUUAAAUUACUUUGAUUCACUUUGACGCUUUUAAUAUCAUUUCCUAACCCAAGUGACUCAAAUGUUCUCCCCAAUGAAUAUACUCAUUAGAAUCAUUAGUAUCAUUCAUUAAUUAGUCCACUUACUAGACCCAUUAAUUUAAAUAUAUUUAGAUUUCAGUAAGUUUUAUAAGGUCCAACUUCAGAGUUAUCUACUUUCCUCUGAGGGUAACCUGUUUGUCCUGACCAUGCUUUUCGCCAUCACAUAUGUCUUCAGAAAGGGCCAAAUUCCCAACCUGCUCAAUUUCUUCAGAGUAUUGAUGAAUCUUUCGUCCUAGACCAAGUUUCGUUUAGACAAAGAGGGCUGUCUCCAAGAACCUCUAAUUUUCCAUCGUAUGUGAAAUAUAUGUUAGAGAAGCAUGGACCUGGGAGAAGCUGCAGACUUAUGCCUACAUUUGAGAUCAUUCCCAGUCCUCCCCAUCACUUCGAGUCUGGUUUAUCUGGCAUUAGGUGUCAAGGAAUUCUGUCCACCUUAAACCCAUGCUGUGGAAAUAGGCCCAACCAUGAGAUGAGAUGAGAAUUAGGCCCUGGAUGACUAGCAUUCUAGUUACUGUCUUGUUGAUUAAUUUCUGCCAUUCCAUGUCUGUGAAAGAGACCACCAAUAUCAUGCGCAAAAUUAGAUUUCUCACAAUCUAACUGUAUAUUUGUAUGAUAUCUUAAAAUCUCCUAAAUGCUGGGCAAUGGCUAUUAACAAUUGUUUUGCACUGGCCUUCUGAUGAAAUGUUAACAAUGCCUAUUGUAACAUAGACAAAACAUUUUAUCUACUGAUUUGGGCUGAAUGUAUGUAAAUAGGUUUUAAAAAAGUCAGAUAUUUAAGCGGUGGCCUACAAAUCAGUAAUUAUCAGAUAGGAGAGUUUCUUCACAUUGCUGUGGCAUCCUGAAAGUUAUCUUCACAUAAACUUGGUGUACCAGGCCUGCUGGGGAUCAGAGUCCCCAUGAAAGGAAAACUUUUCUUGUGAUAAUAUGAAUCAAGAUACCAGAUUAUCUGGAUUCUUGUUUCCGACGUUUCAAGUGGAAAACAUAGCUCUUUAUUGUCUGUAAAUCUAACAUUAUUACUUUUCCUCUUAGCAAAAUAUUGUAUUGUUAGAUGUUUGUUGAGCUGGUAACAUCCUUGCAACCGCUGCACUAUCUUUGUUAGUAAUCUGUAUAAUACUUUGUACACAAGUACUAGUAAGGUUGUUAUUCACUGUAGCUUCAGUCAUUGAAUUACUAUAGCAAAGUAGGACUUCUGUGAUAUUUACAAUGUAUUAAGCCCACACUAUAUUUUAUUUCAAUGAUGUAAUUAAAUUGUUAUUUAUUCAAAAAGCAAACAUCCCAUCAUGUCUAUUGUCCUAAGUUACCUGGAAUCAAAUAAAAAUUCUAGAUUAUCAAGAAGAACAUAA